CCCGUUCGUCGUGGGAAUAGUCGUUUCCGAAAGAAAUCCUGCUUCCUCGCUCGCUGACCGGUAAGCUGCUACCUAUCUGAUCCGGACCAACGUGCAGUUCACCUGUUCUCUCCGCGUCUCUUAUCGAACGUGCCAGAUGCGUAGUCCACGCCGUGGUUCUCUGGUACAGGAUUGUUGGGGUUUUUCUGCUGCUGGGUCCUCGCUGCCUAACUGUUAGGUGGCACUGAAGAGAAGGGACCGACCGGAUAAAGGCAUCUUCGCAUUAUGGCUGCUGCGGUGGCACCGGUAGAGCUACCCACGGGACGGCGCUCCUACUACAACACGACGACACCGGUCGACAUACACGACCCGAAUUGGAUUCCGGUGCUGGACAGCGCUGCCUACAAACCGCCCUUGUCCCCGACAGAGAAGGAGGUAUCAACCUACCCUCCGCCGCCCGCCUCGUUCUCCCUCUUCCCGACCCAGGCCAGCUCUCCAAAGCCGCGCCCAGGCUUUUCUCACACCUAUUCCAAGAGUUCUCUGGCACCCGAGAGCGUGGCGUCGGAUUCGGACUCGAGGUCGCAGAGCCCCCAGGACAGCAUCGAACCAUUGCCCAGCAUAGGAGGUCCUGUCCAAGCUUCUCAGGAUGGCACCGCGAAGGGCCAUAAUCGUCAGACCACGUCCACCACCGCGGCGUCGAGCGAAGAGAAGAUAUCGGUGAAUACAGAGGGUCCUGCAGACAACACGGGCAGCUCCCCCAACAGCGACGAGCACGAAACUGCAAGUGUCGUGGAGGAGCGAGAAUUGGGUCACCCACUGCCGCCCCCGGAGCCGUUUGGAGAGUCCAUGGUGAACCCAUCCACUCGGUCGUCGAUGAUUUCCACCAUGACCAAGAAGAGCACGGUGCUCCCACCGACAUCCAAGUAUAACCGAAAACAUGUGGCAUCCGUCGCCACGACAGCUGGGCGGCCAUUAGUCCCCAGUCUGCCUCAGACACCGCAGGAGUCGCCCCGGCUGGGACCAACUAUGCCGACGACCACUCCCGUGGCUCAACCUCUACCAUCUCCGAAGUUGCCGCCCACCGAGGCGCCUCGACAGGCCGAAGCCUCGCAGAAGCUUCAACCUACAAAGUCGACGGCGUCUGAACGGCGCCAACGAGCCCUUCAUUCACACCCGUCAAACGUCUCGUUACGGUCACAGCGCAACUCGAGCUCGGAUGACGCCGAGAUCAUCCCACGCCCUCCGUCCAUCCGCAACAAAUCCAGGAAAUCGACCGACUCGCGAGCAACCACACCGCGAUCGACCAUCUAUGAUUCCCAGGUGCCGACGCCCGCACCGACAACACCACUCCCUCAAUUACCGCCCGGAGCACAGAUUCGAAGGCCGUCGACACGCGAAGGCAAUUCGCAGAGGGCGAUACAGGCCCCCAUCGAAGAACCGGUCCCUUCCACAAUGGCUUCUUUUCGACCGUAUGAACACGCAGAGAUGGCGUCGUUCAUGGCCGAGAAGAACACGAUCAUAUGCCGACGAUUCGACGCCGUGCACGUGAGACUCCUCCUGUGCCUGCAAGACGAGAUCUCGCAGUUGGAGAAGGAGCUUCUGAAGCUGGAAAGCUCGAACUCGCCGGGCAGUGCGUCGGAGAAGAUGCUGCAAAAGACGCGAAUCCUACGAGAGCUGCGGAAGGUGGUCGCAGAAUAUGAUCACCUUUUCACCACGUGGAGCAAGAUGCAGGCCAACAAAGUCAGCGAGUCGACGACCAAGGAGCUGAAAGAAUGGCUCGCAAAGCCCGGGACCAGCAUCGAGGCCGGCCUGGGCAUCAACACGCAACAGGACCUGCAGUGGCUCGAGAACACCAAGGACCUCAGCAGCAUCGAACUCGGCGACAAGGAGGCGGACCCGGCCACAGACAAGGAAAAUGCGAGCCAAGAGGUCGGCGGGAGCGGUGGAGGAGGUGGUGGGAGUAGUGGGGGCGGUGGUGGAGGAGGAUUCAUGGCAUUAUUUGGGUGCGGCGGCAAAAGGAAGUAAUGACAGUGGCUACCUAUGUUAUGACUAUUCUGGAUGAAACCGGAUGGGAGCUUUUUGCAGGCGUCCUCGUACACUAUAUGCAUUUGAUUUGGGAGGAGGUCCUCAGAGAACGGGGCAUGACUUUGGUAUAUCCACCUACGGGCGGGAAAAGCAUUUCGGCGUUGAUGAUUGAGUUAUUUUCUUGUGCAUUUAUAUAUAUGUCCACGGCCCUUUGGGGAGGUUCUGCGGGUUGUACAUGGAUGGGAAGAGGAUUGUUGAGAUAGAGGUAAUGAUCCUAUUUCUUUCUUUCUCCCUGUGUCU